CGAACUGUGCGAACGGUUUCGCUUGUUGUGUGCGGACUGAUAAAAAGAGAGGCGAGAGCGCGCAGAUACACAGAGGGAAAAAUCUCGAGUAAUAUCGAGUGAAAAUUCGGCGUGAAAAAUAAUUGUGUGAUUAUGUGACAAGAGUGAAAAGUUACAGAGUGAAAAAUUGCGUGAGGCCCCACAGCAGGAAGAAGGAGAGAAACAAUUAGUGACACAAUUCCCAUGUGUGGCCGUUUUUCACCUCAACUCACCCAUAUUUUUCUGCUAAUUAGAAUUGGAAGCUCAUGUUGUAGAUCAGUCGCGAGACAAGAGAUCCAAUUGGUGAUGAGAUUUAAAUAUAACCCCGCGCGUAUUAACAUGCUAAAUUUAUGCUUGGGGACAAAUUUGUAAACUCCAAAAUCCCAUUAAAUAUUUUUUUCCUGUUUAUCUCUCUCACAUUGCGACUCAUUUCACUGGAAGAGAGAGAGACACGGAGUUAUUUCCGGAUAGUUGGUGGUCCGAAACGGUUGUGAAUGCAAAUAUUCUUUAUGAGAGUGAGAGAGAAUUAUAAAAAAAAAAAAUUGUGUCCAGCUCACCUGAAUGUGUCACAAUUCACUUCUUUCACUCACGUCCAUCACGAGUGAGGCCAGCAAAUCGACGGACCAUUGCAAAUUGAUACUUUCCAGACCACACCAGAGCAUCCUGUAAAAGCAAAUAAUAAUUGAUCAUCAGUCAUCACGUGGAAUCCAUUAAUUAAUCAUAAAUUAAAUGUUUGGCUGCAUUCAGAACAGUUCUCCAGUGAUCAGUCAUUCUUAUAGAGUUCUCCGUCGUGGGGCAAUUUCAAUCAAUAAAUCCCACCUGAAGCUUGCCGAAUAUUCCCACAGAUCGGCCACUUGUGGAGAUCGAUUGAGACACGAUUGAAAAUGUUAAUUUAAACACAUUCAGAAACACUCCAGAUGGAGAUUCAUUGAUGAGAAGCAAGAGAGAUAAGCAGAAAAUUAAUUAAUCCGUUGCCAACGAAUCAAUUCUGGAAGAUCUCUGCGCGAGAACCAGUGACGAGAGAUGAGUCAGAAUCUCAAGAUUUCACCCCACUAAAACUGUUAUUGUGUCUUGUGUGGCAGAAGGCAAAAUCAAAUGGGUUAACUAUAAACCAAUAAUUAGUGAGUGAAAAAUUUCGUGGAAAUUCCAAGUGUAGUUCUUGUGGUGAAAAUUUCCGUGAAACAUGACUUAACAUAGAGGCGAGCAAUGUUGCGAAGAACAAUGUGCAAAUCUUUCAUUUUUCUCCUGCUCAUGUUGCUCAUUUUGGGAAUCAGGGUUGUCUCCAGUUUCACCACAUCGAUCCUGUGCGCUAGAAUUCCUGGCCUCUCGCACGUCCAACGAGCUCUUUGCACGGAAUCCCCCGACGCUGUUGUGGCUCUGGCAAUGGGACACGUCGCAGGUGCUGAGGAAUGUCAACAUCAGUUUAGAGGCCAUCGAUGGAAUUGCACACAAGUGUGGAAGAAGGAGGUUUUUGGGCAUAUAAUUGUUGUCGGAUCCAAAGAGGCUGCAUUCACGUACGCGAUCGCAAGUGCGGGUGCCGUCCAUUCUAUCGUGGCCGCAUGUGCCAGAGGUAAUAUAUCACUCUGCGGCUGUGAUCGAGCUCCACUGUCGCAGCAUGAUCAGACAUCUUCAAAAUCGCCAUCUCUUCGGCAGGAUUGGAAGUGGGGCGGAUGUUCAGCCGACAUUGGGUUUGGAAUGAAGUUCGCGCGGAAGUUCCUCGAUGCCAGAGAAAUCGAGGGUGACGCCAGGAGUCUCAUGAAUCUGCACAACAAUCGUGUGGGCAGGAAGUUGGUGAAGAAUCUCUUGCGCACAGAGUGCAAAUGCCACGGCGUCAGUGGCUCAUGUGUGAUGCGAACAUGUUGGAAGAGUCUGCCGACGAUGAGGGCCAUCGGUGACGUCCUGAUGAAGAAGCACACCCGAGCCCGACCCGUGAUGGGCAUUCACGAUGAAGGGAAGCUCGUGCUGAUCAACAGAAAAAGAGGCCGAAUGGUGGUGAAUCCAGCCAAGGCGCAGCGCCCGAAACGUCUCGAACUAGUCUAUCUUCAGCCGUCGCCCAAUUACUGCGAACGCGACGUUAAUCUGGGCUCUCUGGGCACCAUGGGCCGCCGCUGCAAUCGCACGGCGAGAGGCAUCGAAGGCUGUGAUCUACUCUGCUGCGGCCGCGGCUACAAUACACACCAAAUUAAUCGCACCUGGCAGUGCAGGUGCAAAUUCCAGUGGUGCUGCCACGUUCAGUGCGACAUUUGCCAUGAGCACUUCGAGGAGUAUACUUGCAAGUAGCCGAGAGUGCCCCACAGGAGGCAGAAUAGCAUGUCCAAUCAACCACGAGCAGUAUUUCUGUAAGUCAAACACUCCACUCCGCACGGUGAUGCGUCAGGAAUGGCCGAAUCGCUCUCUAACUGACAAUUUGGGUGGAAGAAUCGAAGACUGACUAAAAUAAGGCCCUGAAAUUUAUACGGAAAAUCGUUCAUUUCAACCUCUAUGAUCGCUGUAAAGUGUUUUGUAUAUGUAAAUGUCUGUAUAAAAGCCCAAUAAUUUAAUUCAAUUAAAAAUCAAUUAACCAACAUCUUACCUUC